UUGUUAAUUUGUGCCAUGAAUAUAUAUAUAUAUAUAUAUAGUUGUUUUUGGUUGAUUAUUAAGAAUAGUGACCUUGAAGAGCUCAGAGAAUUGGGUUCUGGAACCUUUGGUAUCUUCUACCAUGGAAAGUGGAGGGGCAUUGAUGCUGCAAUCAAACGAAUCAAUGAUAGGUGUUUUGCUAGGAAGCCUUCAGAACAGGAGCGGAUGAGAAAUGAUUUCUGGAAUGAGGCCAUCAACCUCGCUGACUUGCACCACCCAAAUGUGGUAGCUUUUUAUGGCGUUGUACUUGAUGGCCCGGGAGGUUCUGUGGCAACCGUGACAGAGUUUAUGGUUAAUGGUUCUCUUAGAAAUGCCUUGCAGAAGAAUGAGAAGAGUUUGGACAAGUGCAAACGUCUAUUGAUUGCAAUGGAUGUGGCAUUUGGAAUGGAGUACCUGAUGGCCCGGGAGUAG